CUUCCGCCGCAGUCAAGGACAUUGGCGUAGCUGCAGCUGGUGAUCAGCACGUGUAUUUCCAGAACUUUUGUACCUUUUGAAGUUUCAGUACUUAAACAUUUGCAAGAUGGACAGCUUUGGCUCUGAUUUUUCAGCUGGAGGAUCGGGGGGCAAAAUCGACACUGGGACUAUUAUGGAGCAGGUCAAGGUCCAGUUAGCUGUGGCUAAUGCUCAGGAGCUACUGCAGAGAAUGACAGACAAAUGUUUUAAGAAGUGCAUUGGCAAACCAGGGAGCAGCUUGGACAAUUCUGAACAGAAAUGUAUUGCUAUGUGUAUGGACCGGUAUAUGGAUGCUUGGAAUACUGUAUCUCGAACAUACAGCUCUAGGCUACAGAGGGAAAGAGCCCGCAUGUAAAAACCCUCCCUGUUCUUGGAUACAAGGGAUGCUGAAGGCCACACAGCAGCAUGGGGAUGUGUUUCUGCAAUAAGGACACUGCUCCGCACACGCAGACUCCGGGCAUAAGUGCUGUCUUCGUGGACCACUCCAUGAUGCUCUGAGAAACUUUAGUUUGAUUUUAUAUAAAAUAUUAGUUUCAAGCACUCAGUAAGUGAAGACACGCUGAAAUGAGCACACUUCAUUUUAAGAUAAGCUUUAUUCAAUUCCCAGUUGAAUUAUGUUGGAACAAAAUGUAAUGAACAGUUGGGACAGAGGACAGAGCCUUUCUUUGCUGUGCUCUUAUAAUGCAUCACUUGUGCAUAAAUUGUUUAUGGAACGUUUGUGCAAAUACCACAGUUUCAGUCCAGUAGAUUUGCUUAAUUUGCAGUGUUUCUCAUUUGUGCCAAAAUUUUUGGAGCUUAAAGGAGUGUAGUGAAAUUUGUCAGGCAUGCUUCUACUGAGACAUCAGAAAAGACAUCUGAAAAGUGAGACCUACAACCCCCAAACCAGUUCCUGUCCCUCUCAAAAGCAUACUUGGAGAACAAUACAGUUUUGUGUCCUGCCAUCACAUUGGUGGGCUUGUAUCCAUGGAGUCUUCCUUGAAUAUUGUAUGUUAUUGAUAAGAUAUGAAUGGGCCUUUAUAUUAUGUGUAAUUGUGGGCCAACGGCUCUGUACUUGCAUUGUUUCCACAGGAGUGGAACCUAAACCUCUAAAAUAUUGACAUGGGAGUAAAAGUGAUUUUUUUUUUUAACUCUUUGUAAUAAUAAUCCACUGCCUGUACAAAACGUGAAGAUGAUAAGAGUCUGGUAAAUAAAUAAUUGAAAUAAAUACACAUGUACAAAGAAA